GCGACGGAGCGUCGGCUUCGACAGUCGAUUGAGCGGGUCUGAGUGAGAUCCCGGAGCGCCGAGCUCGGUCGCCGUCAUGGCGGGUGUGCUGAAGAAGACCACUGGCCUGGUGGGACUGGCGGUGUGCGAGACCCCGCACGAGAGGCUAAGAAUAUUGUACACAAAGAUUCUUGAUGUUCUUGAACAAAUCCCUAAAAAUGCUGCAUAUAGAAAAUACACAGAACAAAUUACAAAUGAGAGGCUGGCGACAGUGAAAGCAGAACCAGAUGUUAACAAAUUAGAGGACCGACUUCAGCUUGGCCAACUAGAGGAGGUGAUUCUUCAGGCUGAAAAUGAACUAAGACUGGCGAGGAAAAUGAUGCAGUGGAAACCGUGGGAGCCGUUAGUGGAAGAGCCUCCCGCCAACCAGUGGAAAUGGCCAAUAUAAUUGUCACUCACCAUCUUGAAUGGGUUGAUGGGAAACUGAUGUAAUUAAAUGUUCUGUUAUAUUAAAAAUGUUUCUGUUAUUUCUUAUUAAGAAAAAAGACACUGUAUAUUUAGGAGUCUUGUUAAACUUAGUGAUUAUGGUAAUGGGGUCUUGUGGAUCAGUUUUUGGGUUGCACCGUAUUCACUCAGUUUAUUGUGCAGACAGUAUCUCUUGGAACAAAAAGGUUGUGGGAAGGUUUGGAAGUUAAUUAGGAAAUUCCCACAGAUCAUCACUAGAGGCUAUAAUCAAAAGAUGAAGUAUCUUCAGUAAUAUCUUCAGCACGUUAUUUCUUUAUCCUAAAAAAAGAGAAAGGAUACUUUUGUCUAAACUUACUGGUCAUUACUUAAGGUGCGGUAGUAAGAAUAUAUUCAAUUGUGAGAAAAAUAGCAGAAAUAGUUUGUAUUAAAAUUUUAAAUUAUAAACUCAUUGGCUGUAAUCUGAUAUAUAAAGUAAAAUUUAAAUAUAUAAUUAUAUACUGACUAUCAACUCCACUGUAAAUAUCAUUUUAUUUUAGUGCAAGCUGGGAUUACUUAUUCUAUUUACUGUGUGUGCAUGUAUGUGUGUAUGUAUUUUGCUGUAUCUUAUGACAGGUAGUCAGAAGAAAAUUAUAUUCUUUAUUUUACCUAGUAUGUUUCUCAACUCAUCGAGGUAUAAUGUAAGUACAAAGUAGCUAUUAGAUAGAUGGGUUUGCUUCUUAGCAGUCAGAUUGCAGGAGAGCUCAUUUUGGAUGGGAAGUGGGAGAUGUGUUGGGGGAUCAGAAGCCUGAGGUUCUCAUUCCUGUGAUUCUAACCCCAUUGUGAAUUCAGUCAUGAUGUUGAGGCAAGUUGUUGGGCUCUCGGGUGGCUUAUUCCUGCUUUUUAAAACAAGUAGAAUUUAUGAUGUAUGACUUUUUCAGUUCUGACAUUUACUUUAGUGUGUUUAUUAAGGUCAAAAUAUAUGAUCCUAAAGCAUGUGUGCAUGGAUGCUUUCAAGCCAAUUUUCUAACCAGUGAAUUUGUCCAGGUUCUUUGAGUACAUAAAAAACAAAAUUGGCUUGC